UGUUUUGCUCCGGAGCUGGCUGAACGAUGUGAACUGUAUCGUCUCCGGGACGGGUUGAUAUUGUUUCGUGGUUGUCUUUGCGGUUAUACUUGUACAAUUUUCUCGGUAAAGUUUCGCUGUUCGUCGGCAUCGUGUCUGUCCCGGUGUCUCUCCCGGGAAGCGCGAGGCCGAGUCGUGCGAUGAUGGAGGACUUUGACGAGAUCUACGAAGAGGAGGAGGAGGAGGAAGAGGAGGACGAGGACAGGGCCGCGGAGGAGCAGCUCCUCAAGUACGCUCCGGACCCGGUGGUGGUGCGAGGGUCUGGCCACGUCACUGUGUUUGGGCUUAGUAACAAAUUUGAGUCAGAAUUUCCUUCAGCACUAACAGGAAAGGUGGCACCAGAGGAAUUCAAAGCCAGCAUCAACCGUGUGAACAGCUGCCUGAGGAAGACUCUGCCGGUGAACGUGCGGUGGCUCCUGUGUGGCUGCCUCUGCUGCUGUUGCACGUUGGGCUUCAGUUUGUGGCCUGUCAUCUGCCUCAGCAAGAGGACAAGACGAUCUUUAGAGAAACUUCUGGAGUGGGAGAACUGCAGACUUUACCACAAGUUGUGUUUGCAUUGGAGACUAAGCAAAAGGAAGUGUGAAACCAACAACAUGAUGGAAUACGUAAUCCUAAUAGAGUUCUUACCUAAGAUCCCCAUCUUCAGACCGGACUAGCCCGACUGCGGCUGACCUUCGACCUCCACUGCUGCCCAGCUCCGUCGCAGAACCACGAUGGCGGUCAAGCUCCUGAAUAAAUACCCCAAUGUUUUCGUUUACAGGGUAGCAUCGAACCUCCCCCUUCUCUCUUUGACCCGUUCUCCCACACAUACCACACUUGUUUACCCCCAACCCUUGUUUUUGGAGUGAAUUCACCGUUGAAACGCGACCUAUCGGAGCGAGCUGGGGCACUUGUUAAGCCUUGCUAACCAGCACCAGCCAGUGGGAUGUCGGGCUGGGUGUGGGGGGUGGGGGACCAGCCACAAGCAGCGUUAUGGAUUUUGGAACUGAAGCUGGAAAGUGGACUCCUAAAUGGAGUCCUCUGAGCUACGACUGGAAAUUGUGUCACUUGUAUGUUCCCCAACCUAAGCACAUGGCACAGUCAGACCAUGAUAACACAAACACUUUCACAUCUUACCGACUGUCUCACUGGCCAACUUCACCUGCAAAAAAAUACACCCCAGUGCUUUUGUAACGGUCGGUUCGGCGCUCUAGAUCCUUUCCUAGAGGCAGCAUAACACCAGAACUCCGAAGGGAACCUUUCAUCCAAACGGACUCUGUAGCGGACGGACUGGUCUUACAGGAGCAUGUUGGGGCGAGUGGCCGGAACAGCUGAACUCCAUAAUGUCACUCUUUCUUAUCAACUACCCGACUUCCUCUGGCCUCCUUCCACAUCUCUGCACACUUCAGGGUGCAUCCCCCCCCUAACCCAGUGACAAUCACACGCUCUUGACUGUACUCUCUGUAGUAUGAAUGGGUCUUUGUGCCACAUGAUUUACCUGGAACAAUUUGUCUUCAACGGUGUGUGUGUGUGUGUGUGUGUGUGUGUGUGUGUGUGUGUGUGUGUGUGUGUGUGUGUGUGUGUGUGUGUGUGUGUGUGUGUCCAGGUGAUGGUCUGGCUGCCUAGCAACUGCUUCUCAGUCGCAGUGGAACAAGUAAGCUGGAAAGAAAGGCACUAGUGAUUAAGAGGAGACACCUUUAUUUUGUUCCUUUUUCUUUUUAGUAUCUCAUGUUUUGUUUACUAUUUUGGUGAAAAAGAGGCAAUCAAUGCUUUUCACCUUUCACUGUGUGUGUGCGUGUGUGUGUGUGUUUCUGAGCGAGCGAGAAACCUAAGCAAAACAAAAAGACAAAUCAGACACGAAGAGAUACUCUUUAGGAUUCUUUUAUUCGAUGCAUCUCUUUGCCAUAACCGACCUUUGUUACUUUUGUAGUAAUUUAUAAAUGAGUGCAUAUUAUCUGCAUUCAUGAAAUGGACCUGCAUUUUUUUUUUUUUUUUUGCAAAUGUAUGUCAUGGUUGUUUCCUUUUUGUCUUCAUGGUCAUGUGUCAACACUAAAGCACACAAUCGCUCCUUAAAUCCCACACAUGGCCUCUCUUCCUUAUCUGCUGACCGUGGCUUACUUAUGGAAGUGUUUCAAGUUAAGGAUAAGGCUUCUUCUGACAAAGCUCCCCUGUCGUAGAUGCAUUCAGAGGUCUGGGGUGACCAACAGUGUUGGGUCCUCUUUAUUAGCUGUUAGGUAAUACCAGGGUUCUGUAUCAUGAAGCAGGAUUACUGGGGUUACCUUCAUAACUGCACUAAAACAAGACCACUCCAAAAUCAGGAGUGUGGACUGCAGCACUAAUCAGUGUUUCUGUAUUAAUAAUGAAAAAAUGAUGUCCUCACAGAAAAGGCUCGGCACCAAACGGCAGUAAGACACAGUUAGCGACGAGCUGGUGAACCUAGUGGAGCGUUUAGCAGCCAAAGAGGCAGACAUUUCCCUCAGGAGCUGGUGGAGACCAAAAACUGAGCUAAAAGGAAAGAGUCUUGGACUCAUCAGGUGGCCAGAAGCUUUUCUAACGAGUUGUUCAUGAGUUCGGUUACCUAGCUAUCUAACAAUCCUGCUCCAUAAAGGCCUAAAGACUAUUUCUUAAAACUGUCAACAUGUUCUAGAACGCAUCAUAAAGCACAUCUCUGUUUAGUGAAACACAAUCAUCUGCCAGCAAAAAGAGGUGAUGGCAUAUAUUUAGCUUUUCUCACUCGGCACACCUCCAUGAUUUAUAUAUAUAUUUUUUUUUUAAAACAUCCAGAGACUGAGAUUGAACAAAGCCACUUUGUUUUAGGUCACACAGCUCCAGUGAUUGUAUGGGUCACACUCAGGGGAUUAUACUUCUAACAACCACACGUAGUAUUGGGAAAUCUCACUGUCGGGUAUGUUCCAAAGUCACAACACAAGGGGGCAAGAAUACAGCGCGGAUCACACAUUACUUGAAUAAUUGUAAAAUGAUAAUGAAAAAUGCCCCAUAAAACAACAGACAACCAACCAUUAUGUCGUCUUUGUGUUGGUUUACAUGGUUAAAGACCCAAAUUCACUUGAUUACCACUGGGCUGCCUAUUGGUUCAUCAGUCGCUUUUCCAUAUUUUAAAUCAUGGUCUAUUCCAUGUAAAUCAAGAAGUAAGGCCACAUGAAGAUAUUUGUGGUGUGUGUGUGUGUGUGUAUGUGCACGGUGUGUGCAGAUGCAAAUGUUCUUCGUAGAUCUCAGACUGUGAUUGAACCCUGCACAGAAAACGAGUCCUUUUUUUAUAUAAUCUUGAGUGGUCAGUGUGUUUGUGUGUGCGAGGGAGAGAGAUAUACAUGUACAUAUGACUCAUGUGCAGGUGUGCAGAUGUACAGUAAUAAACUACCAAUAAAUAAGGCUAUGAGCA